AUGGCGGGGCAGAUCCGGGACAAGGGCUGCCCAAAAGCCCACUGCCUGAAGCGGCCGACCGACGCCGCCAAGGUCUUGGAGUACUGGUCCCCCGCUCCUCUGCUUGAGGGGGACCCUAGCAAGGAUGCCGCCGCCCCCGUCGAGCUGCGCCAGCCGGCGGAGGAGGUAGAGUUCUCCUCCGACUCCUCUGUGGGGAGAGGGCGUCGCUCAGCGGCGCCAAGAGGAAGGCGGAGGGGGUCGUCCACUGAGGGCAGCUCCAGUGAUGUCUCGAUGCUGACCUCACUAUGGGUGAGUCUGGCGAAGAGCCGUGCUCGCCAUGAGGAGGAGAAGGAGGAGGAGGAGGAGGCCAGCAACAGGGUCUCCCCCCCUCUCCAGGAUGUGGAGAUGCAGGAUCCGCACCAUGACGAAGGGGCAGCACGCGUUGUGGCCGCGACCUGCGAGGUCCCGGCCAUCGAGGUGGUCAGGACCACGGAGGUCCCAGCCAACGAGAUAGAGAGGACCCAGGCCGAGCCCUCCGAGGGGGUGAGAACCCCGCCGGCUGAGGAGGAGGCCAAGGAGGACGAGUCGCUCGGCUGCCACUUAGUCAAGUGCACCAAGGUGGCCCAUGAGUGGGAUGAGAUAAUUCUCCUGCCUCUAUCUGCUCUGGUGGAGCUGUCGGAGCAGGCCGCCCAGGAGCUGGCCGAGGGGAGCACCGCCAUCGGUCGGGUGGUGGAGCUCGAGGCUAGGGUGGCUGAGCUGGAGGCGCAGGGCCGCCAGAUGGAGGCCGAGAGGGUGAAGGCUGAGGUGGCUCAGCGCAAGGAGGAGCGCGAGCUGGAGGCCUGCACCAAGGCCAAUGAGGAGCUGCAGAAGCUCCGAGAGGUGGCUGAGGCACGGGAGGCCGCCACCGAGGAGAAGCUUCGCCUGGAGCAGCAGGCUCGACGAGAAGCGGAGGAUCAGGUGGCAUAG